AUGCGGGCUUGCUUUACGCUGGGAAAGAUUUCUGGAUGUUUUUCUCCAACAGGAACUGUUCUUAUCAGAAGCAGUAAUGGCCAACUAAUGCUAGUAUCUCAACAAGCAAUAGCACGAGCACAGGGUCAGCCACAAAAUAACACAAGCGUGAGACCAUCUGCACCGACCAGCACACCUGCAAUCAGAAUAUGUGCUGUACAGAACUCUGGCACCCAGUUACUAAAAAAAGUAGCAGCUACUCCUGUGAAACCAUUAUCUCAAACAACAAAUGCUGUGGCUUCUACUGUUCAGCCACCUGCUGUAAUACAGCCAGCAGCUGCAACGGCUAGUGUUACUACAGUUACUGCUGUAAAGCCUUCGAGUACUGGAACACCUGUAAAACUUCCAGUUACAGGACCACCUGCACAAGAUUUCUCCCAAAAGGCAGUCUCUGUGAAAGCAGAGGGCACAACAGUAGCACAGACCAGUGCUUCUACAGAGAUGCUAGAGAAUGUGAAGAAAUGCAAGAAUUUUCUUGCUACGCUAAUAAAACUGGCAUCUAGUGGACCUCAAGCCCCUGAGAUGGGGCAGAAUGUGAAGAAUCUGGUGCAGAAUCUAUUGGAAGCAAAAAUUGAACCAGAAGAAUUCACAAAAAAGCUAUACGUAGAGCUCAAGUCGUCUCCACAACCGUAUUUAGUUCCUUUUCUCAAGAAAAGCAUGCUUGCCUUACGGCAGCUAAUGCCCAAUGCUCAGAGCUUUAUCCAGCAGUGUAUGCAGCAGCCAGCUCCAACCCAAGAAGCUGUUUCAAUUUGUACCUCUGCAGCACCAACUCCUUCGAUAGCAGUGGCAACCUCAGCUGUAGCAACAACUUCUCUUCCAGUUGUAAAACCGGUGUCUGCUUCUGUAACAGUCACAGCCUCUCCGGUUACAAAACCCGUCCUUGUCAGUGCGCCAGCGCCAGCUUCUCUGCAGACUGUGAAGCCUGUUCCUGCCUCUGCAGCGGUGACAGCAUCUCUUCGGCCUGCAGCUUCAGUCCUCACCACAACGACAGCAACAUCAGGGCUGACUGCUAUCCAAACUGUCAAGCCAGUCUUCACCUCUGCAGUAGCAACGUCCUCUCUCCAGUCUGCAAAGCCACUGCUGGUCUCUACAGUGGCAUCUUCAGCAGCAGCCCCCCUCCAGUCCCUGAAACCGGUCAUUGGAACCCCAAUCAGUAUUAAAAUCUCACAGCCGAACUCUAUCGUUGCGCAGUCAGUGGGUGCUCAGCAGGUGGUUAAAGUGAAACAGUUGGUAGUCCAACAACCAUCAGGAAGCAUUGUAAAGCAAGUAUCCACACUCCCACAACCCUCAACGCUGACCCUACAGACAUCUGCUGAGAAGAGGAUGCCGCUGAAUACACUUGUUCAAACUAACCAGUUUCCUGCAGGUUCCAUUCUAAAACAAAUUACCCUGCCAGGAAAUAAAAUUCUGUCACUUCAAGCAUCUCCUGUUCAGAAAGCUAAAAUAAAAGAGAAUAGAACAACAUCCUUCAGAGAUGAAGAUGACAUAAAUGAUGUGACUUCUAUGGCUGGGGUCAAUCUCAACGAGGAGAAUGCGUGCAUUUUGGCAACAAACUCGGAGCUUGUUGGUACAGUGAUCCGCUCUUGUGCAGAUGAACCUUUUCUCUCAUCGGAAGCACUUCAGAAGAAGAUCUUGAACAUAGGUAAAAGGCAUGACAUUAUGGAACUUAACUCUGAUGUUGUGAACUUGAUCUCCCACGCUACACAGGAGAGAUUACGAGGGCUCCUAGAAAAACUGACUGUAAUUGCUCAACACAGAGUAUCAACCCACAAGGGGAGUGAUAGGUACAUCGUAUCUAGCGAUACCAGAGCACAGCUGAGAUUUCUUGAAAAGCUUGAUCACCUAGAAAAGCAGAGAAAGGAUGAAGAGGAACGUGAAAUGUUGCUUCGAGCAGCCAAGAGCCGUUCCAAUAAAGAAGAUCCAGAGCAACUGCGGUUAAAGCAGAAAGCGAAAGAGAUGCAACAAUUGGAGUUAGCACAAAUGCAACAAAGAGAAGCCAACCUCACAGCUCUGGCAGCCAUUGGACCGAGGAAGAAAAGACCAUUGGAUUUAUCAAACGUUGGAUCUGGGCUGGAGGAUUUGAAAGGCAAUGGAAUUGCUCCUGGAUCAUCAGGUUUUAGCCUUACAAAACAGCUGCUCUGUCCGAGAAUAACCCGUGUCUGUCUCAGGGACUUGAUAUUCUGCAUGGAACAAGAGAGGGAGAUGAAGCAUUCUCUAACCUUGUACCGUGCUCUUCUGAAGUGA